AUGUCGAAGCGCUGGAAAUGCAACGAUGAGGAUAGCUCCAAAACAGAUUACCAAAUGUCUGUUGACGACAAAAUUUUAUCGUCAGAUAUAAAUAAUUAUAUUCAAACAACUACUGGACAAGCUUCAUAUCCUUAUCAUACGAGCGUAUGCGGAUCUUUAUUAUAUACAGCACCAACUAAUACACCCUCAGAUAUAUUUUCAUAUCUUCGUCAUGGAAAUUUUGAGGCAUUUCGACGUUCUUUUGAUAUUUAUCAUAAUAAUAUUAUUAAAAUAAGAAAUGAUCAUGGACAGACAGUACUGCAUAUCCUAGUUAUUCAUGCGUAUCAAUAUGUCUGGGUACGCUUACUAAUGAUGCGUGGAUGUGAUACAUGCGCUCAGGACUUAGAUGGAUAUACUGCUGCUCAUUAUGCCGUAGAACGUGAUGAUGUCGAAAUGUUAAAAGCUUUGACACUUCGUUUUCAUUCUCAAGCAAAGCCAAUCCCUGAAGAACGUGUAACAGCAAUCCAUGAACAAUGUUUAAAAGCUUUAUCAGUGAAAAAUAAUGAAGGUUUAACUGUAUUCAUGUUAGCUUGUCAUCAUGAAUCGAUAAAAUGUUUAAACUAUUUAAAUGAUAUUAACAUAAAUGAUAGUAAUUUAGAGGAUAAAUACGGUGAUACUUGUUUACAUUAUGCAGUUGCACGUCGUAAUGAAAGUCUUGUAGAAAAAUUAAUCAAUACACAUCGAGCUGAUGUUAAUAGUGGAAACCAAAUGAGACCAAGUGCACUGGAUAUAUUUCAAUAUGAUCGUGAACAACAAAAACCAACUGAUCGUCGAAGAGAUGAACAAAUCGAACAACUUCUCUUGUUAAAUAAUGCAAGAAAUCGUUGUACCAUUCGACGUGUUACUAGUAAACGAAAAGAAUCGAUUGAUAAUGAAGAAUCAAUCAUUUCAAAUUUAGCUUGUAUUUCACUUGAUUUAACAACAAAUGGACAGAUUGAAACAGCUCGUAGUCAUGCUCGAAUGGCUGCAGCAUUACAAGCCAAAGGCAAUCUUGAUGAUGCUCAGGAAUGUUAUAAACAAGCAAUGGCAUUUGCACCGAAUAAUACUAUUGAUUGGGCAACAUACGCAUUUCAUGUUGCUGUUGUACAUGUACUUCACGGAGAAGCACGAAUAGCACUUGAAUUAUUACAAAAAGCGAUUGUUAUUAGAAAACAAUUAGAACAUCAUAGCCAGGAAAUAGAUCAACUUCAAAAAGCUAUCGAUAAAAUUCAAGCACAGACAUCUUAA